GGCAACCCCAAGGUCCGUGCCCAUGGCAGGAAAGUGCUCACCUCCUUCGGGGAAGCUGUCAAGAACCUGGACAACGUCAAGGCGACCUACUCCAAGCUGUCUGAGCUGCACUGUGAGAAGCUGCACGUGGACCCCGAGAACUUCAGGCUCCUCGGAGACAUCCUGAUCAUCGUCCUGGCGUCCCACUUCGCCAGGGAUUUCACCCCUGCUUGCCAGUUUGCCUGGCAAAAGCUGGUCAGUGUGGUGGCUCAUGCUCUGGCCCGCAAGUACCACUGA